CGGACCAUUGUGUGGGGAGGCUUAAGGGAUUUGGGGAGCCCGGGGAGCAGAGAGGCCAGCACCCUGGCUCGGCUCAGUCCUCUCCGAGGGGCCGAGGCAGACGGAGGGCUCAGGACAGGCUCUGCCAUUCAGAUCGCCAUGUACAGCUUCAUGGGCGGCGGCCUCUUCUGCGCCUGGGUGGGGACCACCCUCCUGGUGGUGGCCACGGCCACGGACCACUGGAUGCAGUACCGGCUGUCGGGGGCCUUUGCCCACCAGGGCCUGUGGCGGUACUGCCUGGGCAGCAAGUGCUACCUGCAGGCGGAGAGCGUGGCAUACUGGAACGCCACCCGGGCCUUCAUGAUCCUGUCCUCCCUGUGUGCCUCCGCCGGCAUCGUCAUGGGCAUCCUAGCCUUCGCUCAGCAGCCCACCUUCGCCCGCCUCUCCAGGCCUUUCUCCACCGGCAUCAUGUUCUUCGCCUCCACUAUUUUUGUGCUGCUGGCCUUGGCCAUUUACACCGGCGUCACCGUGAGCUUUUUCGGCCGCCGUUUCGGAGACUGGCGCUUCUCCUGGUCGUACAUCCUGGGCUGGGUGGCCUUGCUCAUGACCUUCUUUGCAGGAAUUUUCUACAUGUGUGCCUACCGGAUGAAGGAGUGUCGGCGCCCAUCCACGCCCCGCUGAGCCCCGAUGUGUCCACCAACUCCACGGGGAAGUUAAAAAUGAGGUCAUUGAAGAGGAGGGGCGGGGCUAGAGGCCUGAAAUGCUGGUUUCCCGGGGGCAUGAGGGGGUCUCGGUCCUGGACUCUGCGUGGGUGGGGGGUGGGGGUGGGGUCCUGACUCCUGAGUCCCAGGUGGAAGGAGAAAGAAUGGGGCCUGGUGGGAAGGACCUGGGAAGACUCAAGGCUCCACCCGUGGGAGGGGUGGGGGGUGUUUGAGAAAUGGGAUAUCCAUUAGAGCGUUUUUUUUGGAGUCUAAUAAACUGAUGUGAAACCACCCCAGGGUGACUCCCUCCCUGAGGGGAGUGGGGGUGAGUGUGGUGGAUGGGGUUGGGGGUGGUGGUGAUGGCAACCCAACCUGCUGUUUCUGUAGACACGGGGACAGAGAUCCAUCACACAGUCCCCACACAUGACAAUUCUACUUCCAGGAGACGGUUGGUUGUGUGGGUUCCCUUCUGACAGCAAUUCCAACGUGUAUCCUU